AUGGCACCUACUGACCUCGACAUUGCGACGCUCACUGUGAUUCAUGGAAAACCGUCGCGCACUGUACUGAUGAACCGCCCGCGUCCCCACCGCCCUGCAACGUUCCCUCCCGUAUCGUGGAACAGACAGGCCGUUUCCGCACUCACUGCCCCAGAAAGCGGUGGCCCUCCCGUCAUUUGCGCACGCAUCAAUGUACAGAGCGCCUCCACGCCAGGCAGACUCCUUGCACAGCACUGCAGCACCUCGGACUUCUUUCAACGGCCCGAAUCCCACUACGUGCGACACAUGCUCCUGACAGCGGCCAUGCUUUUUCAAGCAACCCCUUCGGACCAGGCCAUCCUGCACGGGAAACAGGUCGAUUGGUGUGGGCUGACGCUGCCAAUGCUGCUUUGA